GGAUGAGAGGAAGACUGAGUCAAAAUACUUGUGACAGAUGGGGAGAAGUUUCCUGUCUGAACCCGUCCGCUAUUAUUGGCUUUGACGAUUGUAGAUUCUAAUACUAGUACACGACCCUUUUCUUUUGAGCCCGAAAAGUGCUAUUGCUAUGGAUUAGGGAACCAUUUCUGGGAUUCUGUCUGAACGGUAAGCUACUCAUACAUUAUACUGAGGAGGAAAGGAAGAGGAGAGAAAAUGUUGGAAGGCAAAGCUCAGAUAAAGGAAACAGAUAUGCCAAGAAAGAUGCAGAUUCAAGCAAUGACUUCUGCUUCUGAAGCUCUUGAUAUUUAUGAUGUUACUGAUUGUACCUCCAUAGCAGCCCACAUCAAAAAGGAGUUUGACAAGAUGUAUGGGGGUGGAUGGCAAUGUGUGGUUGGCUCUAAUUUUGGUUGCUUCUUUACUCAUUCAAAAGGAACUUUUGCUUAUUUUGCUUUAGAGACCCUCAAUUUUCUUAUCUUUAAGGGGGCUUCCUCUUAAAUCUUGUAGUUGUAUAUGAUAGAAAGAGAGGACUUUUCAUCUAAUGAUAUUGGAAUAUGAAUAUGCGUCGGCUGUGAUAGCAAAUGCUAAUAUGUUAUUCAAUGGCCCUGUCACCGGAUGAACCAGAGGAAGUUCAAAUUGAUCCAAAUGUAACUUUCCUUGCUGAUGGGUGAAAUUAUCACUUGUUGACUAUGGAUAUGGAGCACCGCGUCCAUGUGUUUCUCUUUUUAAAACCGCAUGAUACAGAUUGAACCCAAAUGUAAUGUUUGGAAUAGGUUCUCAACCAUUCCAGCUGUGGCAAUUUUAGUCUGAACCGUCAUUGAAUGCUAUCCUUGGCUUUGUAUUGUAUGACAAACUAGUCAAAACACCGAAGUGCGCCAGGCAAUGCAAGUUGGUGAUAUUGGCUAUUUGCUUUCUCUAAGUUCUGGUUGAGGCUA